AUGAUUGACCAAGGCGAAUUCUACAAGCAACUCACCCGGACCCUCACCCCCCUCGCAUUCCGAGAGAGUGCUGAGAAGGGGAACGGCAGUCCAGAUGGUGACAUAUCGACUUGGUAUAAUACCCCCGGCGCCACUGUUGCGGCAGCGCGCUCAACCGCAACCUAUGGCUCCGAUUCGGCUGCCCAGGCAUCCCCGGACAUCCGCCAUGCCGGAUGGGGGGCCUGCUCCGUUUCCAAGGCCUUCCAGAGCCUGGCCAUCCUACAUUUUUACAGCGAAGGGAUUAUCAAGUCGUUGGAUGAACCUGUCAAGACAAACCUCGGCAAAGCGGCGUAUGACAUAAUCCUGCAAAAUUCCGUGCGCAGAGGCGUGCCUGAGGAUGUUUCUGCCCAGUUGCUAGACAGGGUGACCAUCACCCAGCUUCUAUCCCACACUGCUGGAACAACGGCGUCCGGCUUCAUGGGCUACUCGCCCCAGGGCGACCACAUCAAGACGUCGGCCGAGGUUCUCCAGGGAGGGCUAGGCAGCGCCAACAGCCCGCCGGUGUAUGUGCACGGCAUUUGCGGUGUGCAGCGCGAGUAUUCUGGCGGGGGCUCGACAGUUCUGCAGGCCAUGCUGGAGAAUAUCGCUCGUGACCAGGGCUUUGCCUCGUACGCGUUGCUGAUGAAAGAAAAGGUCCUCGAUCCGCUUGGAAUGACAAGGUCCUUCUACUGCGACGCGGUGGCCCUUCAGCAGUCCGAAGAGAACUACGCGACGGCCUACCAGAAUGGCACCUACCCUCUUGAGGACGGGCAGAGCUUCCACGUAUACCCGGAGCAGGGCGCAGCUGGCCUGUGGACGACAUCGCUCGACCUUAAAGGACCGGACGUGGCCCAGCAAAUCUUCAAGAAGCGGCCGGAGCUGGCCCACGAAGGCGACGCUUACUACUGUGGGUUCCAGGUUGAGUUCUUGGACGGCGAGGAUGGGUUUCCCGGGGACGAGAGGCUCGUGCGCAUCUCGCACUCGGGCGGCAACGAGGGAUACCGGGUGGAGGCCGGGGACGAGAUUGUCAUCCAUGCGAUGGCGUGCAUGACCAACUCAAACUAUGGCGGUGACCUCUGCGGGCCCAUGAUCUGCGCCAUCUCGGAAAUGCUCGACAGUCCCCUGGGGGGAGGGCCUCCGGGUGGUCCAUUCAGCAGCAACGCGCCCUUUGCGGCCCUGGGCCCGACCCCGUCGGCGCCGUCUGCGGGAUGGGGCGGCGUACGAGGGCGAGUGGAAGAUCAAGGACCGGGCUCAGACGCUCGAGAUCACAACGGGGCCUGGGCCGUCAGCCGGAGUCGAGUUCAGCCAGCUGAAGGGGGUGGUGCCGCUGGUGGGCUGCGCAGCGAGGAAGAGCGCCGAGAUGUUGAGGCUGCGGGUGAGCUCGCUCAAUGCGACGCUGGAUUUUGCAAACAAGGGGGGCGAGGCGUCGCUGAGCCUCUGCACGGGCGGCGCGAGGCUCGAGUGCAGCCGGUGACGGGUGGUUCCGCGUGUCGUGCUUCGGCGUUUGACGGGGACUGGCCGUUGACGCCGAAGGACGAGGUCAGAGAACACCAAGGUUGA